UCAGGGAGUGUGAUACAACUACAAAUGCUACAAAACAUGUUUUUUAAACUAUGAUUCUUUUAUCCCAUGUUGAUGCAUUUUUGGUCCCCUUUGCUAUUCUGAUUUGGACUGAGACCGGUGGGAGUGGCGAUCAAUUAUUACAGCAAUUACACAGACGCGAGGAGGACAAAACAGGAUUCCAGGAGAGAGGGAGAGACACACGGAGGGAAAGAGUAACAGUGAGAGAGAGAUGCCUCUUAUAAAGCCAAGUCCUGUCUCUCUGGGGAGAAUUUGUGAGCAGUGAGACCGGGCUGUGGGUCAGAGACAGAAGCCUGAAGAGCCAAUGACUGUCUCCAUAAUUCUCCUCCAUGGUGCAUCAGUGCAGUGGGACGCUACUCAGCUGUGUGUGUGAGCAGGUGCAGGACAGCAGAGCAGACAUGAGGACCAGAGGCUCAACGCCUCUCUGCACAGCCUUUAGACUGUAAUUCAAUCUGUGAAGAUGACAUCUGCCUCACCUCCCUCCUCUCGUAGCUCCUCUCCUCAGAAGGUGUGCCACUCCCAGACACAGACAGAUGUUUUAAAACCCUUACUGGGUGGCGGCGUAUCCGGUGGGGGCGGGACUCUGAGGAAGAGGAGACGUGUCCUGUCCAAAGAUGGACGAAGCAACGUGCGCAUCGAGCACGUCAGCGGGCGAAGUGCUCUGUACAUGCGUGACCUCUGGACAACUUUUCUGGACAUGCAGUGGCGCUACAAGUUAUUCUUGUUCACGGCUACGUUUGCAGGGACCUGGUUCCUGUUCGGGGUGCUGUGGUAUCUGUUGGCACUGGUGCACGAAGACCUACUUGAAUUUGACCCUCCAUCAAAUCACACACCCUGUGUGAUGCAGGUGCAAACCCUGACGGGGGCUUUCCUCUUCUCCCUGGAGACCCAGACCACCAUUGGUUAUGGUUUUCGAUGCAUCACUGAGGAAUGUCCAGUAGCCAUCAUCCUCCUCAUCGUCCAGCUGGUGCUCACUAUGCUGAUGGAGAUCUUCAUCACCGGUACCUUCCUAGCCAAGAUUGCCCGGCCAAAGAAGCGAGGGGAGACGGUGAAGUUUAGCCAGCAUGCUGUGGUGUCGACCCACGAAGGGCGACCCUGCCUGAUGAUCCGGGUGGCCAACAUGCGCAAGAGUCUCCUGCUCGGGUGUCAGGUGACUGGAAAACUGCUCCAGACUUCUCUGACCAAGGAAGGCGAGACAGUUCGUCUGGACCAGAGGAACGUUCCCUUUGAAGUGGACAUGUCCAGCGACAGCCCCUUCCUCAUCCUACCCCUCACCUUCUAUCACAUCAUAGAUGAAAACAGCCCGCUGAGAGCCUGGGCAGCCAAGGGUGGGGGCUGGACGGAUCCAGAGUUGGCGGACUUUGAGCUGUUGGUGAUCAUGAGUGCAACAGUUGAGCCGACCUCCGCUACCUGCCAGGUGCGCACCUCCUACCUGCCGGAUGAGAUUCUGUGGGGUUAUGAGUUUCCCCCUGUCGUCUCUCUCUCCCCAUCAGGCAAAUACGUAGCGGACUUUUCCUUCUUCGACAAAGUGGCCAAGACGAAGACCACGCCCAUCUUCAAACCCUCCAGCCCCCAGCCUGGGUACCAGAGCAACGGGGGCGGGGCAUCGCCUGAGGUGUCCGAUCCGGAGAAGAUUCGCCUGGAGCAGAGCUACAGGGAAAGAGGAGACGAACGUGGCCGGGCCAGAGACACUCCUCUCAGUGUUCGCAUCAGCAACGUGUGAACAGAUGACACUAUUUGAAAAGACAGAGUUCAAUGUCAGAAGCAAAUGAAUGAAAACAACAUAUCACCUUUUGAAAGGUAUCUAGGUUAUAGUAGCAACAGAACAUGCAGAAAGGAAAACAUGAAAGACUGUGGACUGCUGUGGUCAACUUCAAGCUCGUCAUGCAGUACCUUUGCUGUGAUGAUACGUGUUUUACACUGGGUUGACUUUACUCAGAUUACAGCAUAACACACGGCCUAACUGCAGCUACUAUAUAUUACUGUAUGUAACUAACUAAGAACAGAACAGGUUAGAUUAUACAUUAGCAGAGAAAAACACAAAAUGACACCAACGUCUAAACUCUAAACAUUUAUAAAAAGUCUUAUGACAUUGAGUUUCAUCUCAGUUUUUUAUUAUUAGUAUUAAAAAAAAACAAUGAGUAAUUCUGAGCCGGUAAAGCAGAAAUCUCCAUCCUGAACUCCCUGAACUCCCUGAACUCCCUGAACUCCCAUAACACGGUCUUGAAAACUUUAUGAAAA